AUUUCAUUCUCCUAAUAACCCCCACACCCCACUCAUUCUUUCCUUUGCCGACAAUCCUAGGCAGCUCUCUCUCUCUCUCUCUCUCUCUCUCUCUCUCUCAGAGAACAGAAGGUAGCCUCUUGAGGUGGAAGCUAAGAAAGCAUGAACAUGGGUCAAGAAGAUGCAUGCGACACCGGCCUGGUUCUCGGGUUGAGCUACGAUUCUCGCAGUCGAUGGAGCGGUCGUCAUGGCCAUCGAGAGGCAAUCGUAAAAUUGGAGCAAUCAUCAUCAAAUAUGAUUUCUCUCGAGCCCUCUCUCACCCUUGGCCUCUCAGAUGACACAUAUGGGUUGACCGUAGCGAAGGUGGAUGGAAGCAAGACUUGGAUGGAAGGUAGCAGAGUGGCCCGCCAAUCGUCUCCCCAGAGCACGGUCUCGACGUUCUACAACAGUCAUCAUCCCUCAAAAACGAAGAGGGAUAACAGUAUGAAGAGUGAUGAGACCGACAAGGUUUUGUCUCGGGGAAGCGAUGAAGAAGAAGAGGGUAAUGCUCGGAAGAAACUUAGGCUUACCAAGGAGCAGUCUGCCCUUCUGGAAGACAAGUUUAAGGAGCAAAGUACCCUUAAUCCGAAAGAGAAGCAAGCCUUGGCCAAGCAAUUGAAUCUACGGCCCCGGCAAGUGGAGGUGUGGUUUCAGAAUAGGAGAGCAAGGACUAAGCUGAAGCAGACCGAAGUCGACUGCGAGAAGCUGAAGAGGUACUGCGAGACGCUGAGCGAUGAGAACCGGAGGCUACAGAAGGAGUUGAAUGAGCUAAGAGCCCUGAAGUUGGCAUCCCCUCUGUGCAUGCAAUUCCCGGCGGCGGCCCUCACGAUGUGCCCGUCGUGCAAGAGGAUCAACACGGCCAGCGAGGGCUCCAAAGGUGGCCGUUUUGUGGUGGCGCCCGAGGCUCACCUCUUCAAUCCCUUCACCCAUUCUGCAGCAUGCUAAGUGACAAGGGCCCUUCUUCUUUUAAACUAGGGCUUGGGAUUGAUGGCUUUGUUUAGGGAUCAUUCACACAACGCCAGAUGCUGUAAAAAGAAAAAACGAAAGAAGUCCAUAUUCUUCUAAUUUAGAAAAUUUAGGUUUUAAUACCCCCAUAAUCCCAGUUGUGAAUUUCUGUCUUGUGACUAAAUGAUGCAUAGAUAUAACAUCAUCUUUUGAUGAUAAAUAG